AUGCUCGCCUUGUUGGUGCUGCUGUGUCAGCUGCGUGUGACGGUGCUCGCCUUUCCUCACUGCCCUGGCGGAUCAAAGGACUCGGAGCAACCGGAAUGGAAAGAUGUGUUCACAUCUGCAAGGGAGGCCAAUUUAUUCAUUGGACGACAUCUUCUGAACAACAGAUUUGAUUUUGAAGCAUUCACAGCCGAUAACCUGGAAAGGGAAUGCAAUGAAGAACUGUGCAAUUAUGAAGAAGCAAGAGAAAUUUUUGAAGACCCUGAUAAAACGAUGGAUUUUUGGAAAGACUAUUCAACUAAAGGCCCCAACAUAAAAUUAGGUGAUGAGGCACUGCAGAAGAUUAACGUCACAGGGCUGCUCAUCAGCCUGGUUGCUGCUGGAGUGCUGUUGGUUAUAAUUGCACUGAUUGUCUUCUACUGCUGCAAGAGCAGAUGCAAAUCAAGGCAGCCACCAGGGUACAUGGGUUAUGCGAGGAGCAGAAGAAGGAAUUCAGCCAACAUCUUCAGGAGGCACGAGGAGUUCUCCUUGAGCCCCCUUCCCGAGGACCCGGAGCUGCCCACCUACGAGCAGGCAGUGGCCUCUGAUGGCCAGCACGCCGUGCCCCCACCCCCUUACCCAGGGCCCCCCAGGCACCCCCGGCUCUUCAGAAAGUCCAUGUCCCUCCCUGGCCCCUAG